UGUUAGUGUCACAUAGCGAAUGAGAAGCAAAGGAAGAAGAAGAAAUGGCCGAACGGGGGAACAGAGGGCACGAAUGUCCCGAAGCCCAGGUGGUGACUCCCCCACCGAGUCCAGCACCGAGCAGUGGACCGCCGGUCCGCGUUUGCCGCUUCUGCCGAGGCACCAACGACCAGUUGUGCAUGGUGAAGCCAUGUCGCUGCACAGGAGACUUGAGCUACGCCCAUGCCAACUGCAUUGCAAUCCAGGUCUUCCAGAACAAUUUGUAUUUCUGCCCAUCUUGCCAUUACGACUUCAUCAUCCACUGGGAGCAGCAAAAGUCGUUCCGCGAGUGGCUCCUGAGCGAGGAGACGUCGGGCCACCAGCGGCGGCUGCUGUUCAAUUUGGCGUUCGCUAUCUCGAUGGCUGUGGUGCUGGUUCUGGGUUGGAUACAGGCUGCGCGAGCCCUGGCCCGCUUGCCACGCCUGAUCGCCUUCGUGCUCGCCAUCUUCCUCAUGGUGCACACGGCGUCCUGGAUCGGAUACGCGUUCUACAACUUCUGGCUAUAUCGGCAGGCUUACCUCAAGUGGAAGGCUCUCCCUCUCAAGGCGGCUGAAACCCCGGCCCAGUGAUGGUCUUCGGCGCUUCACCUAUUCUCGCACUGCGACGCAUAGUUUCUGUAGUCGAGCAUGAAAAAAGUUGCGUUAAUCUUUUACUUUCUUUUUACCACGGUCAGCACAAUUAAGAUUUUUUUUUCAAGAUUACUUCAAGAAUUAAUGACGCGGCAUUAGCAUAAAUAUGCGUGUAAAGCUUAUCUCGUGUUUGUCGUUCGUGUUGUGUAUUCGGUGCUCAUAUCAUCCGUCUAAAUAAUUUCCGCAAACGCAUGAAAAUUUUCGCCAUUAAAUGUCUUCGCCCGCGUCGGCACUGUUUCGGAGCCGCCUCCUGAUCUGCACAACUGAGUUACUGCAACUCGUCCAUGCCCAAGUCCGACAGUAUAAGUGUCGUUACCUCGUUUUAACCCUGCCAAUUUUCUUAUUCGAAGUAAUGUAGCUUGGUCAUCACUGCACGCCUUUGACUUGUGUGAUACUUCGAAGUGUUCUACUUCUUUUCCGAGGGAACUCUAAAAUGAACUUUUACCUCGGGUGCCCCGGUCUAAAUGCAUGGAAACAAAAAUCCGCUUACUUGGUAUCCACUGCACCGAAGUUGAUGAAGUUGUGUUUGAAAUAAAAAUUCAAAAUCUGUCACCUGUAGAAAUAGAUAUUUCAAUUAGGCCAUCAAUGUUUCUUUUUUUAAUUCCUGAAAAUCUCAAAAUGUCAAGCUGCAGUAUGAAGUUUAGAGUGCCAAUUGAGCAAUAAAAACCGCAUCGUAAUCCUAAAAGCAGAACUAUUGAGACGUCUAA